CAAUUUGCACACAUCACUUUUUGCAUUGUCAAACCAACCCCCCCAAAAAAACUAAAAAUUAACCGAAACUCACAAUUAAAUUUCUUUAUUUUCCCCCUCUCCUCUUUCUCUCUCUCUCUCUCUCUCUCAGUUUUUCUUCAUUGUUUUUCUACUUUCAGUUCCAUACAUCAGAUUAAAGAGAAAAGAAGUUGUUGGAUUUGUGAAAAUUUGAGCAGUGAAAUGGGUUACCUUGAUUCAGUGUUGCAAUCUUCCAACCAAGUUCAUGCUGAGGAACAACCUGUCACCGGUGGCGGCCUCAGUCAAAAUGGUAAAUUUAACUAUGGAUAUGCGAGCUCUGCUGGGAAAAGGUCAUCAAUGGAAGACUUUUACGAGACUAGAAUCGAUGGUGUUGACGGAGAGAUAGUUGGCCUAUUUGGUGUCUUUGAUGGACAUGGUGGGGCUCGAGCUGCUGAAUUUGUGAAACACCAUCUUUUCAGUAAUCUGAUCAAGCAUCCAAAGUUCAUUUCUGAUACCAAAUCAGCUAUAGCUGAUGCUUACACCCAUACAGAUUCUGAAUUUUUAAAAUCUGAGAACUCCCAGAACAGGGAUGCAGGAUCAACUGCUUCCACUGCUAUCCUUGUUGGCGAUCGUUUGUUGGUUGCUAAUGUGGGUGAUUCAAGGGUGGUUAUAUGCCGAGGUGGUGAAGCAAUUGCUGUUUCCCGAGAUCAUAAGCCAGACCAAAGUGAUGAACGACAACGGAUUGAGGAUGCAGGGGGUUUUGUUAUGUGGGCUGGAACUUGGCGGGUUGGAGGUGUUCUUGCUGUUUCUCGUGCUUUUGGUGACAAACUCUUGAAGCAGUAUGUUGUUGCUGACCCUGAGAUUAAGGAAGAGAAAGUUGACAGCUCUCUUGAGUUCCUUAUUCUUGCAAGUGACGGAUUGUGGGAUGUCGUCUCUAAUGAGGAGGCGGUUGAAAUGGUGAAACCCAUUCAGGAUUCUGAGGAAGCAGCAAAGAAGCUUAUGAAAGAAGCUUAUCAGCGAGGUAGUGCAGAUAACAUCACCUGUGUAGUCGUCCGGUUCCUGGAAAAUUCCUCGACUCGAGUGUCAAGCAAUCAGGGUGAUUCCUUGAAUAGGCAUUCAGGUGGCAGUGGUGAUUCUUCAACCCAGCUCUCUGGCAAUCAGGGUGAUUCCUCCAAGGGCGUUUCUAAAUAAAACUUCUCCGUGUGCUCUUUAAGUGUCUGAAUAGGCUGGCUGUCUGUAAAAAUAGGUGCAUAUGAAAUCACAAACCUGAUUAUAGAUUAAUCGAGAAACGGGACUCGGCAUAAAUUGUAAUGUUCGUAGGUGAAAAUUAUGUGUUGAUGUAAUUGUAAUUUAGAUAUUGUGGAGUACUGUUUAUGAUCUAAUUUAACUAUAUAGAUGCUAAAUUAUGACUUGUAAAAGAGCUGGAAGGUGCCAUUAACUGUCUCAAAUGGUAAUCAAGAAGUUGAUAUCUCUCUUUGUGCUGUCCUUGCAGCAA